CUGAAUACGCCCCUGGUAGGUAAAUAGUUUGACAAGGCAGCACGCACCGCUUCACAACACUUACCACCACAGACACUAAACAGGUCCAAGUUCUGUUUUUUUCUUUUUUCUUUUAUUUGUUUUAGCUAAAUAAUGUACACUUUCCUCAUCUUUAGCCUCUUCAAACCAGCUGUUCACUCUGUUCCCCCCUUUCCCCAGGUCCAUCAGUAUGAGAAGGUGUCUCGGUAUGUUCGUUAGGCUACACGGAAGUGAGAUAACAGCUGUAGCUGUGUGUAAAUGACAGGAGGCUUGUCACGCCUUUUGUCAACCUUCCCGUGAACGACAACGACUGACCACGGCUGGAGGUUUAACAUGGCUCCUAGAGAUCCUCUGCUCGGUACUCUCAAAGGUAAAGACACCAAAUAAUGCAGGCCUGUUAUUUCUUUAUCUCGGUAGGUGUGGAUAUCAGAUACAGCUGGUUAAUGCGACCUUGUUGGUGUGGUUCGCCCGAACAAACAACCGCAUCUAUCAGUGAAUUUUCUCUCUGCUGUCAGGAGUGCAAGGAUCAUCUUAGUAAUGCAGAUAUCAUAUUGCUUGAUCGUGUGUAAAACAACGAUGUCGGUGUUAGUUGCAUGAAAAAUGUGUGUUAUUUUGUUCCUCUCAGUGUGUGUGCUGAACCUGCAGUCAGAUGGGGAGAUCGUGACGGACAUCAACCCUCACCUCGCCUCCUGCUGUGAGCUCCUUGAGCUGGUUCUCAGAAAAGGACUCCAGCGUCAGUAUUACCUUUAAUUCAAGAUUUAUUCAUCCUGGACAAUUAGACGACAGUCCUUCUGAUGAUGUUUGAGAAAGAAGUGAAUAUGAAGAAGGAAUUCGUGGCCAGGCUUAAAACAAUCAUGGCAACGAGUCAAUCAUCUCCACACCUCAUGGCCACAUAUUACAAUUUCAUGAAUGCUCUCAAAAAUUUCUGAAAACAAAAUAUUCAUAACAAUACUUAAUUUGUGACCACAAUUUUAUUAUCUCAUGGCCAGGUAUUACAAUUUUGUGGCCUUGAAUUAUUCAUUUAUAGCCAAGACAUAUAUUUUAUUACUAUGAAUUCCAAUUUUUGGCCAUAAUUUACUUGUUUGUUAUAGAGUAAAUUGCCUUAGGCGCUAAACUGUAGCCACACAUUUCUGUCAUUUAAGCAAUGGGUUACUAUAAUUCGACCUUAAUCCACAAGUUACUUUUUGAAGCCAAAAUGGCCUUUCCAUUGCCUCAAGUCACUGUUUUGUGGGUACAAAUGUCUUUUUUGUGACCAUGCAUUUGAAGUUUGUAUCAUAUCCUAUUAAUUCCAUGGACAGGAGUUACUUUGGUUGGCCCCUCUCUCAUGUGGAUUUGCAUCAACCAGUUGUGGCCAAGAAAUAGCACGUUGUAGCCUGAGUGGACUAUUUUUCUCAUGCGCCUUUGUUUUGUGUCAUGAUUUACUCAUCUUCCUUUUGUGGCCAUGAGUUCUUUUUUUGCCAAAAAUAACUUUUGUGUGUGGACACAAAUCACUAUUUGUGGCUGUGCACAAUAAAAUCUCAUGGCCAAGAAUGACAUUUUUAGGUCAUACAUUACUAUUUUGUGAUCAGGCACAAGUAAUUUGUUGCUAUGAUUUAAUCUUGUGGUGAUGAAUGACUAUUUUUUGGCCCAAGAUUAUUAAGACAUGGCCAUGUAUUGCUAUUUCAAGUUACUGUUUUUGGGCCAUAUACAAGUAGUUUCUGUCAUGUUUUGAUUGUCUUAUGGGCGGGAAUUUGUCGUGUAUAAUUGAAGAGAGGAAACUAAUUUAUUCUCAUGUGUUCAGGAAUUAUUAUUAUGUAGCCGAGUAUAAUUAGUUUGUACCAUGCUAUGGCAAAUUUCUGCCUAGAGAGAUGUUGUUUCUAAAAUGUCAGGAUGGGGUCUGUAACUCAAUGUACUCUACAUGAACCUCUGAUCAGAUCCUGUGAGGCAUUUUUAAACGUACUUCAAUGUCUGUAAUUGUUCAGAGUAAACAGUUUGGGUGAAAGAUUUGAUGCAUUUUGAUAUUUAUUAAACAAUACUUAAGUUUAAGAAGGAGAAAAGUCUUAGUAGCAUUAUCGACCAAUUGUUUUUCUGUGCUUUUGUUGCAGAACCAGUUCUCAGUCUGGUCCACAGAGACUACUGGCAGUGUUUUGAACAGAUAACUCAGCAGGACACCUGUGGCAGGUACAAUCCUCAUGACUGAUCUGAGAAAUUGCAUUGUAAUACCUAUGUCAUACUGUUACAAACCCAGCACUGCUUAAUACCUUUUUAAUGUGUGUUUGUAGGCUAUCUGCACUGUCAUUAGUGGUGGAACAGACUAGAGUCUGCAGGAAGCUGCUCUCAGCUCAGGGCCGAGGUCGCUAUCUGCUCAGACUGGCCCUCAGCCGACAGGCUUUGCCUCAGUUCAUAACACACCUGCUGCACACCCCCAGAGUCCUGGAGGUCAGUUAUAUGGAGAAGACAAAAUUUGUUAUAUACUUUCUUUUUUUUAUGAAAACAUGAGUAAAAAGCACAGCACAGGGCGAAGUAAAACACUAAUCUUCACUGUACUUCCCUCACAUUAUGUUGAAAAUACAGUUUCUACAGUGGUGGCUCAUUGAUUACCUCUCUUUGCCAUUUACAUAAUCAAUUUCCAUUUUAUUGUAAAAAAAGAAAAUAAAAAAUAAGCUGCACUUAAAUGUAACGCAAUAAUAAUUGAGAGGACAGUGAUUCGUGAAACAAUUGUUUGUCAGGCUUUUGUUUUGAUAUUUUUCAUCUUUUGGUUUUAGGUUGAUGUAUUUCCUACACUGUAAAACUAUGCUUUUAUUUUGAAGUAUGAGUUAUGUCUGGAAGAUCAAGUUGCAGAACUGAAUGAAAACAGUUUGAAAGUACUUUAUCCAAUAGUUAUUGCACAAGCACAAUCACAAUAGAAGCACAAGCUCUUAAGUUGAUUUUGGAUUUAUGAUAAAUCAUGGUUGGUUGAGUGUAUCUUGUUGAAUUAAAUUCUUCAAUAUAAAACUAUAAAACUAAAAAGGCAAAAGCAAGAAGAUGAAUUUCUUUACAAAGGUUUAAUCUGGUUAUUUAAAUAAACUCUAAUUAUCAGGUACCUAAAAAAACAGUUUUCACUAAACUGGGAAAACUCUCCUUUAAAAUCAUCCUUUUAAUGAUUUAGAGACUGACUCGUUCUCCUUGGGCUGUCUGGUGCUCUGAGCAAAGUGUCCUCCAACUUUAUAAUUAGUACAACUUAUUUAUCAUUGGAGUGGUCUCAAAUGCUUUAAAACCUCUAACACAUCUACUGUUUGGUCUGUUUCUCUUCUUUUUAGUGGUACAGCCCAGAAAUGUCAGUCCUAAGAAAUGAGGCGUUUUUGGGUGAAGCCUUUUACUUUAUCUUAUUGUUUUUAAGUAAAUGAGAAAACUAUUGUCUCUAUUUUUGUUCAGUUAACAGCAUCAAUAACACAACUCUGUCUCUUUCAGAGCCCUUCAUGUCGCUGCUGCUUGUCCUCUCUCACAUGGAUUUCAAGCUGAACAUGGAGGUCAGAGCAGUGAAAAACUGAAAACAGAAAAGGAGGCUUCAUGAUAUGGAAAAAAAAUUAACAUUUUGUUUUUUCCCCUUUUUUGCAGAUAAAUGUGGCAUAAAUGCUUAGAAACAAUUAGAAAUGUAAAUAUAAUGUUUUUACUAUAAAUUUGAUCUUUCAGACUAUUAUCUGGGUUAGGGUUAAUUAUCUGAGGUAGCGACACAAGUACAGGCAGCCAAACACAUUCCUACAAUCAAUUUAACAAUAAACUCAACUGCUUUUGUUCGGCAUAGUCAAUAACUUCUAUUGGUGUUAAAAAUGUUGUUUGCAACCUUGCACCCUGCAAGCCCUGUGAUAUCUUUGCCUCUACUGCAGGUGAUUUUCACAACUAUGUGAUUUACAUGCUGUGCAGGCGUAGAACACUCUGUAGUUACGUUAGCAGAGUAGUCUUGUGCUUUCUCCCACAACAUCAGCAGUACAUCACUGUCUUAAAAUUCAUCCAGCUCAAUCAAGCCUUUGCUCGAGUAUCUGUGAUGCUGGUAGUGUUGCCACUCCUGUGCAUGUUAACUCUCUACAGUAUUGAAUUUCCCUUUGGGGAUCAAUGAAGUUCUUCUUAUCUUAUACAGACUCCGCGUGCUCAGCAUUCAGUGCUCUGUAACGACUGAGGGGGUUGGCAUGAAAAGUGACACAGGUUUUUUGUAGACUAGUCCUGCAGAAUGAGGAAGCGAGACAGCAUGAUGUGAUUCGUGUCAUUUGACUGACACUGUACUUCUAUUAAGCAUGUACAUGUUGUAAUUGCUGUUUUCAAAUGUAUUGCUCAGUUUCACUUGAACCACAUUAUGUUCUUUGAAACAGAACUGCAGUUUCCUUGAUGAGAGCUGGAUCCUGCCGGUAAGAAUCAAUGAUUGUUAUUGACCCGUUCAUAUCAUUAUCAUAAUCUUCAGUUUAAAAUUGUCACAGUAACUCUGAGACUGCCAGAAAAACACAAAGAUGUAUAUACAUUGAUACUGUACUGGCCUGCUGGAUGGUAUGUUGAUGACAACACUGUAUUGGUAGAGAUAAUCUAUUCUGGGAAGACUGACAUUUGUUUGUAACUACAUCCCAGUCUGACUGCUGGUAAAUCUCCCUACUGGUUUAAUUUUGACUUGUCACAAGUUAGUGGAUUUAUGGUCUGUAUGAUGGUCAAAAACAAAUGUAACUAUUGAUGACAAGAUUGACAAAAUUUUCUUCUUAAUGCCAGUACCGGCUCUUAGGUGGGAGGUACAUUAAAGAAACAGCAUUAGUCACUUCUCCUACCUACAGCAAAUAUUAAAGAUGAGUGAUAAACAACACAGAGAUUUUUCUGUCAAUCAGUGCCACGGCAACUAUGUAAGGGUUACCUGUUAGAGCCUGAUAUGUAACAAUGACCAUGUUAUUUAAAAAGAUGUGAUAAAACCUGAAAUUUAAUAAUUGGUCAGUAAUGUAACAAGAUGCUGUGCCCAAAAGUUCAUAACUUUUUGCCCAAAAUGUAGGAACUUGAUAAAUCUUGGGUCAUUUAUGACAUUCUGGGUUUUAUUACCUUUUUUAGAUAACAUUUAGGUCAUUCUAAAUGGGCGCCAAAAUCAACAAAGACAGAAAGUUCCUCAUAGAAGCUUUAAACGAUCAGUACGAUUUUCCUAUCCCAAGUGACAGCAGAUCAAAUUUAGAUUAACUGACAAAUGUUUCAGAAAUAUUCUGUAAUUAUGUAAAGAAUAACAGAUAUAAAAAUGUCUUGUUCUGGUAUUUUACAGCAUAACCCUGUGUGUUUCUUUAUUUCAUUAUGUUUAACAUCUAAAACAAGUUUUGGCUAAGAAAACCAUUUCACAUAAAUAGGCUCAAAAGAAAUGGAUAGGACUCAAAUGCAGAGUCAAAAGUAAAAUAUUUUUAACAACAAAAGUUUAAAAGUUGAACGAGAUAGGAAAGAAAAAAACUUACUUGUCAAAAGUCCAAUCAAAAUGCCAGAUCCCAAAAAAUAAAAACUCUAGAAAACUGAAGCAACAUGAAGAACCCUGGAGCACUAUGGGAGCCAGACACAGCUAAUGACAUGAAUGUAGAUAAAGGCAACAAUAUACCAACAAAGAUGGAGUAGAAGACCACCAUCCAAAAAGGUUCAUCAAUGACCAAAAAGAAUCAAAAGGAUAUAUGAAAAAAGUGAAACAUGAGUGCUUUUUAUUCAUGAAACUCACACUUUCCACAUCCACUGAUAUUUGUUCAUACUGCCCCUGCCAAUAUGACAGACAUAUUACAGCAGUAGGCCGACACAGCCAGUGCAGCAUCUAUGUAUAUAUGUCAAUAAAAAACUAGCACAGGCCUGUUAAAGUACACUUUGAUUCCAGGUUUGUGAAACUUACGAGGUGGUGCCAUGUCGGGAGCUGGGGAUGGUGUUGAGGUUUGUGUUUCUCCUACAGUAAUGAACAAUGAUGAUCCCUUACAUCUGUCCUCUCAAACACAUCUGCCCAUGUAUCCCCUUUUAUGUCUGUCUGUGCUGCAGGUACCUCAGUGGGCGUGUCUUUGUCCUUGAGCUGAUACCUGGCGGUCAGGCUCAUGCUGACAAGUUUAUCUGUCCUGGAGACAUUAUUGAUGAGAUCAAUGGGACUUCACUGAGGAACUCUAAAAAUGGACAGGUAGCUUCAAACGUACAGUCUUAUUUACCAGAUAAACGAGUCACAUUCACAGACCUUAUCUCUCCUUGUGGGUCACCACACUGCAGCUGCCAUAUAGAUAAGGGUGUACACUCAAGUUUAAGUUGGUUCCAGUGUGUUGCAGACUAGACUUUACACUGAAGGCCUCUUAGAGGGAAAUUAUGGUUUAAUGUAAUGUGCCCCAUCAUGUUUCAUGUUAAGCAUGUAAAUGACAGGUGGUCAGAAAACCCCUUUUUUUGUUGUUUUAUAACAACAUGCCUAAAACAAGCUGUUUUUCAUCCCUGGCAAACCAACAGCAGUGGACAAAAGAAAUGAUCAUGAGUACUAUACCAUUUUUAAGUAUCUGUAUUUUACUUGAGUUUUUUUCUUUCUUUUUUUUUUUUUGAGGAACUUGUGACUUUAACUCAACUACAUUUAAAAGACAAAGCAGAAUUUCUCACUGCAGUCUACUAGAGAGAGCAGAGCUGCUGGAGUUAAGUUCCCCUGUCAAGUACUUCAACCACUGCAAAUGUAAGGGUUGUCUAAUAUCUGUCUAAUAACAACUGUCUUAUAUCCUGCUGGAUGGGUGAGGCUAUCUUGUGAAGCCAUGGGCUUUUUUAAAAAUGCUCUAAACUGGUCACCAAAUUCUCUCUUGUUUGAAAACACAUGAAUUCAUAAAGAAGCUGCUGUGAUUAGAAAUUGGGCAGAGCCAGUUUGCACAGUUGGUUCUAUCUGAAUUUUGUAUUAUCUAUCUCUCUAUGUCAGAUAUGAUGCUGUUGUCACUGUGGGAGAUUUGUGUGUUAAGUUGUUUGAUAAAUGUGCACUUGAACCUUGAACCACCACUCAUUGACAGUGAGCCAGUAUUCUACCAGGACCCAGGAACUAAAGCAUUUGAUAGAAUAAAAUAGGUUUUAUUUGAACAGUGAUACUCUGCAGGACCACUGAGCAGAGUUGAAUUUAAGAUAUGUUCUGUGUCUUGUCCAUUUCUUAAAGGGGAAAUGAGCGCUAAAGACCAACAAGGAGAUUAAGUCAAUCUUCGUACUUGUCUUAUUUGCAACUCCUCAGAAAAUACCCUCAAAUUUGUCACGAUAUGAAAAGUGUCUCACAAACUGGAAUCUUAAAAUUGUCCUGCAAUUGUUCAGACAAAGACAAACGGAUAAAUAGGAGCUCUCAAAUAGGUCUUAUUUUGGCGGUUUAGUCUUAAAGCCCGAACUUUCAGUUGUCGUGCAGGUGCAGGUGUCGUGCUGAGCAGGUGCUCAGUCCAAGAUUUUAUAUUUCAUACAAUUUUUAAAUUAGUAUUUUGGAGAUUUUUGGAGAAGUUCAUUGAGUUCAUUGAGUAAACUAGGUGAGUAGGUUGGAAUUUGUGGGAAACUUUAAAACUCUCAACAUUUUGUCCUUCUGACAUCUAUUAAUGUGACUGUUUUAGGGACAACUAUGGAACUUUUUGUGUAUUGGUUAUCACUUUUGCUUUAAAGUAACAAUGCCACAGGUUCAAAUCCUGCUUAGAGAAGAUAAACAUGAGAGUUGGUUCUAAAUGACCGUCUCCGCAUACGUCUCCACUUAUUCUUGCAAUGUUAAAAAGAGUGACAUCUGAGUAAGCGAUUCAUUGCUAUGGGACUUAGUGUAAUGCAGCUUGUUCUUAUCCUAACUAGCCUGUUCGGACCUCUUUCCAGACUGUGUUGGUGUACAGGCUGCAUGAUAAACAUCACCCCGAAUCCCCUUUUUAGUUCUGUCUGCUGUCUGUCCAUUUGGCACAUGUUGUGAGUUCCAAUACACAGUGACAUUGCACAUUUCCCAACAUAGCGCACCCAGUGUGACCAUCAGUUUUAUCAGCAUGAAGGACUGUAUUUUCCUUGUGUGGGAGUAUGAUAAGACCACAACGAUGAUCCGAAAAGAUGCAGAAAUAAAAGCUGUGGAGACUAUUUGAAUGUGCUAAAAGAAGUGUCCCUUUAGACUGUAACGGCCGAUCCUGUGAGGCCAGAGGACGUGCAGAUGGUUAUUACAGCAUAAAUGUCCUAAUGACCAGAACAAUGACACUGGUCACAUUAUCCUUUAUAAACUCUUCUAGUAUCUUGUUAUGUAAGAAAAAAAUAUUUAUCAGAUGUGUCUUUCUAGUUGCUGCUGUAGAAGUCAAAGAAGUUGUUGAUAACACAACAAUCACACACUUUCUCUGUUUUUCCAGGCUGGAGUGGUACUGAAUCGGCUGAAAGGCUGCCCACUGUCCAUCUCUGUCCUGCGUUGGAAGGCUCAGGACGGGACAGUGUAUCGGCCUCUUAUCAAAUUCCUGCAGGCACUGAGGAUUGAGAACCCCACCCUGCAGCUUGGCCCAGUUCCUGCCCAGCAGUCUGCCAUCACAGAGAGGAAAACCACUCCACCACAGUGUCUCAAAGAGGGAAGGCAAGUCAGUAAACAAACUCUGGACUGUGAUUGAAUGCACAUUUUACAUAGCAUGCCCCUCAUUGGCUCAUUUCUCUUCCAGGAUUGUGCACAUAGUCCAGUUUUUGGGCAAAGCAAACAUUGGAAUGGUAAAUAUCUACUAUUGCCUUUAUUAUAAAACGUAUUAUGUUUGUAUCUUUGUCACAUGACUGAUUGAGUCUUAUGUUAGUUUGGAGGUAAGGAAGUGCUGCAGCAAGCCAUCCCACAGGUACUGCGGAAAAACCUGCCCAGCAAGGUAAUGAAACCGCCCCUAUACCUAUGCACAUGAUGGACUACUAGUCAUCUGAACAAUGGCACACUAUCUCAAUAUCAGUGUGUGUGAUUUAGUGUUUCAUGUCGUGCAGGAGGUCCUUCUAGAUCUGAAGGAAACACAUUUGACGUGCACAGACCGAAGCAGUGCUCAGGUGAGUGCUGUUACUGAACAAAUAUUUACUGUAUCCUAAAUACUGUGACAGAGAUUUCUGUUCCCCAGGAGCUAUUUGAGCAUCACUAUCCAGAAAUAUCAUGUGUGGGGAGAUACAGUCAACCAGAUUUCACGAUAUUUGCAUUCUGUGUGGCGUAAGUAUUCAAGUAUGCAUAAGUAUGCAUACCAACUUCACAUCUCUGCAACAAAUCUUAAAUAAGUGUUGGUAUAUAUCAGGUAUCAAGUUGUCUUUCGUUAACCUCAAAAACUCUGGCCAGUAAAUCUUGUAAUUUACUAGAUCCAGGUUUUUUUUAUAGCACAUAUUUGACUCUGUCUACAGAGACUCCCCAGAAAUCCCUCAGUCCACAGGUUUCUGCUGUGUAGCUCUGAGAGCCAGCACCAUCAAGGAGUGUGAGGAGAUUGUGUAUCGUAUAGGUGAGUCAUUGUAGCCUGAUAGUAUUGCUACAGGUGCAUCUCAACAAACUGACAAAUGUUGACCCGUUUGUAAUCUGUCUGUUGCUGUGUCCCAUGUUGUAAACAGUCUUGUGAUGUGUUGUGAACAGUCUUGUGUUGUUUUGUGACAGUUAUGUUUGUCAGUAUCUACCUGACAGAUGAUUACAGUGUUCAUCUAUUCUGCCCCAUAAAGGAAAAGUGCUGUAUCUUUUGCCCCACUUUAAAAAGAAGUUACAGCAAUGCUUCACUUCAACAGUGACCUGCAUGUACACUUAGUUUGAUUUGUUCCCCUCCACUUAAAAGCCAGACUGAAUCCUCUGCACUCCGCACCUCAUCUUAGGGUGAGGUGAAAAUGGCAGUUGAGUACGUUUCAGAAUAAGACUCAUUUUAGUGUCACUACUAUUGAGCUACUUCAAGUGGCUGGCUUCUUCCCCAUCUUUAUGUCACUACUUCUGGACAUGCAAUUAUUUUUUCUGUUAAGAUUAAUUGUUUUAAACAUCUCACAUCCCAAUUAAAAGGGUUACAUUGACGACAAUACAGAAUGAUUUGGAUUGAGAACACAGCGGAACAACAGUGCAAUUCAUAAUUACUAAUAAGAAAAAAAUGCAACAUGAGAUGUCAUCAAAGUCAUGAACUGGGGAGGCAUAUUAUGUUAAUCAUUGUACAGCAGUAGAGCUAAAAGUGUGAGGUGGAACAAGGCUCGUUGCCUUUGGGUUGUACAGUGAAUAACAGAAAAAAAAACUCAACUGUUGAAAGUUUUGGUAUUUUGAUGAUUGAUGUACCAAAAAUUAACAUUUAAUUGGAGAACAUGCACAACAAUUGGAAGUAUUUCUCACUGGACACCAAAAUCCAUCUUCUUCUAGCCCUGCAGUCUAUAGGGAAUUUGGGUGCCGAAUUCAGCAUGCUUACAUUGGUACAAACAGCUAGAAUGUGGAAGGGCAUUGUCCAUAUACAGUGAUGUUUUUCAGUUCCUCAAGAUGCACAUUUGAGUUGAUUGCAUUCCUAAGAGACACUAAAUUUUUCCUUUUACCUUGCAGCUACUGGUUUCAAGCAUACAGAGUGGUUUGUAUGAGAAGUCUUUAUACUGCGUUGCCUUGUUAUGUCUUGUAAAUAAAGUGUAAAAUCAACUUGAGUCAUCCGUGUGUGAAACAGAAAACAC